CAGUCGACAAAUUACUUCGUACAGGAAACAUCAUGCGAUACAAUUGUACGAUUAUUGCUUUCCGAGUUUUCUCGCGGAUAUUUGAAAACACUUUAAUCAUUUCGAAGUAGUGGUAUGAGCCUAUAGUUUGUUCCUAAUUUCCUGUUACUUCACGACACUUAUCCCACAUAUUUUCAUAUUGUCCACUUCUGAUCGUACUGCAAUUAUGGAGGAACUAUGUCAAAGUAUCAAUACCAGUCAGAGGAAAACGACUAUUUACUCCCAACAAAGGUUGCUCGGGAUAAACGAUCGAAUACGCUUUAAUGAUAUAAUCAAAUCUCCGAACGACAAAAGACUUUACAGAGGUCUGAUAUUAUCGAAUGAUAUGAGGGUACUACUGAUAAGCGAUUCAACGACUGGCAAAAGCGCUGCAUCUCUCAACGUUGAUGUCGGAAGUAUGAAUGACCCCGUAGAAUUACCAGGUCUGGCACACUUUUGCGAGCACAUGCUUUUUCUUGGAACAGAGGCAUAUCCAGCGGAGAAUGGUUAUACGAAAUACAUCUACGACCAUGGUGGAACAUGUAACGCAUCUACCGGCGACGAUUUCACCAAUUACUACUUUGAUGUAAACCCCGAAAAUUUACCCGGGGCCUUGGACCGGUUUUCUCAGAUUUUUCUGAACCCAUUGUUCACCGAGUCAGCCAUCGAGAGGGAAUUGAAUGUUAUUGAUCUUGAGCAUGAAUCAAACCUAAUGGACGAUAAAUGGCGAAUUAGGCAGUUACAUAAAUCAUUGGCAAAUCCUAUGCACCCGUACUCGAAAUUUGGAACGGGAAAUAAGGAGACGUUGGGCAUAAUUCCGAGGCAGCUUGGUAUGAACAUCAGAGACGAACUGUUGAAAUUCCACGAAACGUGGUAUUCAGCCAGCAUCAUGACGCUCAGCGUAAUUGGAAAAGAAAAUCUCGAUGAAUUGGAAGCUCUAGUUACUACAUUUUUUACUAAUGUGGAAAAUUUUGAUGUUCAUUUAACAACUUGGAUCGACCAUCCAUUCUGUGAUCUUGAAACAAGAGUGUACGCCGUACCCAUAAGGGAUGUCAGAUAUCUAAGCAUAAUGUUCCCGUUACCUGACAUGGGAGAAUAUUUCAGCUCUACAUCGGUGCAUUAUAUCUCGCAUCUUCUUGGACAUGAAGGUAAAGGUUCUCUGUUGUCUGCAUUGAAAACCUAUAAUUGGAGUAAUUCCUUACAAGCUGAAUACGGAAGAGGAGCUAGAGGUUUCAAGUUUUUUAACAUCAAUAUUGACCUAACGGAAAAUGGACUAAAAAACUUUAGUGAUAUUGUCUGGUUGACGUUUCAAUACAUUAAUGUGAUGAAAGAAGACGGUCCUAUUCCGUGGAUUUUUGAAGAAUGCAAAAAAAUGUGGAAUAUAAAUUUCCGUUACGAAGAGAAAUCGUCACCUUGUGAUUUAGUCAACUCAACUGUACGUUGUUUGCGAGAAUACCCCGCGCGGGAAGUCUUGAGAGGACCUCGGUUGUCCAACGAAUGGAAUCCGGACUUGAUUGAGGAACUACUGGAUUAUCUGACUCCGAGAUACGUUAGAAUCUCUGUCGUAGCUCGGUGGUGUAAGAAUGUGACUAAUGAAACGGAAACCUGGUAUGGAACCGAGUAUAUGAUAGAAAAAAUACCACAUGACAUUGUUGUGGACUGGAAGGAUGCAGGUCUAAGCGGGAUCCUACGACUUCCGGCUGAAAACGAAUUCAUACCAACAAAUUUUGAGCUAAAGCCACGAGAGCCUGACUUCUUUCACAAGCAUCGAUCCAGUUAAUUGCAAUCUGGGAUACAUAUUCGUGGACCUGUUCUACGAUUCAUUGAACGAAUAUACUUAUGCUGCCCGUCUUGCAGGACUCUGUUGGUCUCUUAGUCAUAACGAUUACGGAAUGACCUUAACAAUCGAGGGCUAUAACGACAAACAGCGAAUUCUGCUUGAGAGAAUCAUUGAUGAGAUGGCCAAUUUUAAAGUAAAUCCGGGUCUAUUCCAAACCAUUAAAGAAAGUUAUAUUAGGAAUCUGAAAAAUAUGAAAGCUGACCAGCCUUACGAUCGUGCUGACUACCACAUGGGGGUUUUGUUGUCAGAGACUAAAUGGACCGCAGAUGAUUUGCUAAAAUCAACUUCACUAUUGACAGCGGAAAACUUACAACAUUAUAUAAAACAGAUGCUAAGUAAAGUGCACAUUGAAUGUUUAAUACAUGGAAACGUAACCAAGUCGGAAGCGUUAGAUAUAGUCAAA